AUGACCCACCGCUGCAAGAAAUCCUCCGGUCUCUGGAAGAUCGUGGUGUGGGACGAGCCUUUCUUCCAGGGCAAGAAGCACGAGUUCACCACCGACUGCUACAGCACCCCGGAGCACGGCUUCAGCACCGUCCGCUCCUGCAAGAUCGAGAGCGGGGCGUGGGCAGGCUUCGAGCACUGCGGCUUCCAGGGGCAGCAGUUCGUGCUGGAGCGAGGCGAGUACCCGUGCUGGGAGGCG